GGCCUUGCGUGUGUUGAGUUACUGGAAACUAGUGAAUUAAGCUUGGAGCAUUCAUAAUCGGAAAUUGUCCGUUUCGGAUUCAUCGUGUUUACACGCGGAAAGGAACAUCAGAUUCAUUCUAACCAAUGAUAUUAUCAAAACUUUAUCAGGAAUAAGUGAAAACAGGUCACGCAUAUAUCGCUCGUCGGUGUGUUAGAAGACGUCAGUGAAUGUAAAGCCGGUGACGAAGGAAUCCCAACAAGUGUUAAGAAACAAGUAUGGCGUCCGAAAUGGAUGUGCUUUAUGCACCAUCGAGAUGGUCAAAACGGUUGAACACAGAUGAAGUUGUUAAGAAACACGUGGAAAUUGUUACUGAAGCAAGUCAUAAAGCGAAAAAGAACGUUCCUUGUAUGCUGAAUCAAAGGUAUGGAGAUGGACCCAACGAGAAAGUUGAUAUCUUUGGAACUGAUUUGCCUGGAG